AGUUCUCCUAAAGCUCUACAGUUCUCUUCCCUGAAACCAUUAUCUCUGUUUUUGUGUUCUUAAUAGGGACUUGCUAUGGAGAAGAAUACAAAAAUGAGCAAUGCAAGUGACGAUGAUGAAGCUAAGCAGCAUCACACUAACGAAGAUCAAGAGAAGAUAAUCCUAAACCCUAAUUUUGAGGAUGGUCUUAACAACUGGACUGGAAGAGCAUGCAAGAUUGUCUUACACGAAUCCAUGGACGGAGGGCGAAUAACUCCGCUCUCAGGAAAAGUUUUCGCAUCAGCGACGCAGCGUAAAGACACAUGGAAUGGUAUCCAACAAGAGAUUACAGGAAGGUUUCAGAGAAAACGUGUGUAUGAAGUAACAGCAUCGGUUCGAAUAUUUGGCAACAAUGUCACAAGUGCAACAGUACAAGCCACUCUCUGGGUCUUAAACGCGAACCAACGUGAACAAUACAUCGGCAUUACCAAUGUGCAGGCCACUGAUAAGAAUUGGGUAGAGUUAAAGGGUAAAUUCAUAAUCCAUGGUUCGCCAUCGAGAGCAAUACUAUACCUUGAAGGUCCUCCUCCAGGAACUGACAUACUUCUCAAUAGUUUAGUUGUCAAACAUGCUCGAAGGAAUCGUCCUUCUCCUCCACCCUUCUACGAGAAUCCCGGUUACGGAGUCAAUAUAGUCGAAAACAGUGAAGUGAUAGAUGGAAGAACUACUCAACCAUGGUUUACCCUAGGAGACUGCAAGUUGAGUGUUGGACAAGGCGCUCCUCGCACUCUACCCCCAAUGGCUAGAGACACACUCGGUCCUCACAAGCCUCUUAGCGGAAACUACAUCCUCGUGACGAACAGAACACAAACUUGGAUGGGUCCGGCUCAGACGAUAACAGAUAAAAUCAAACUCUUUUUGACAUAUCAAGUCUCAGCAUGGGUCAAGAUUGGUGUGGGAGUGAGUGGUAGUAGUAGUAUGAGUCCUCAAAAUGUGAAUAUCGCACUUAGCGUUGAUAACCAAUGGGUCAAUGGAGGACAAAUUGAGGUCACUGUUGGUGAUUCAUGGCAUGAAAUUGGUGGAUCCUUUAGGCUUGAGAAGCAGCCAGAAAAUGUUAUGGUUUAUGUUCAAGGUCCCGGAGCUGGCAUUGAUUUGAUGAUCGCGGGAAUGCGGAUUUUCCCCGUGGAUCGUCGAGAGCGUGUGAGAUGUCUUAAAAGACAAGUUGAUCAGGUACGUAAGCGCGACAUUGUCUUGAAAUUCUCGGGACUAGACGACUCGUUCGAUUUGUUUCCUUACAUAGUGAAGGUGAAACAAACAUACAACAGUUUCCCAGUUGGAACAUGUAUCAGCAGAUCAGACAUAGACAAUGAAGACCUUGUAGAUUUCUUCACAAAGAACUUUAACUGGGCAGUGUUCGGAAACGAGUUAAAAUGGUUCUGGACAGAGUCCGAACGCGGAAAGCUAAAUUACCAAGACGCAGACGACAUGUUAGAUCUUUGCAUAGGCAAUAACAUAAACGUUAGAGGACAUUGUAUCUUCUGGGAAGUUGAGUUCAGAGUCCAGCCAUGGGUUCGGCAACUUAACAAAACCGACCUUAUGAACGCGGUCCAGAAGCGUCUUACGGAUCUCCUAACGCGUUACAAAGGUAAAUUCAAACACUAUGAUGUCAACAACGAGAUGCUUCAUGGUUCUUUCUAUCAAGACAGACUUGGAAAAGGUGCACGAGCACUCAUGUUCAACAUUGCACAUAAGCUUGAUCCAUCUGCUCUGCUCUUUGUAAACGAUUACCAUGUCGCGGACGGGGAUGACACACGCUCGUCCCCGGAGAAGUAUAUAAAACAAGUUCUUGAUUUGGAAGCUCAAGGAGCACCUAUAGGAGGCAUAGGGCUUCAAGGACACAUGGUGAGUCCUGUUGGUUCAAUUGUGUGCUCUGCUCUUGAUAAGCUCUCUGCUCUUGGCCAUCCCAUUUGGUUCACUGAGAUUGAUGUCUCCUCUAGCAAUGAGUAUGUUAGAGGAGAAGAUCUUGAAGUCAUGUUGUGGGAAGCCUUUGCUCAUCCUGCUGUUGAAGGAAUAAUGUUAUGGGGUUUUUGGGAACUAUCAAUGAGUAGACAGGACGCAAAUUUGGUGGAAGGAGAAGGAGAAGUAAACGAAGCCGGGAAAAGAUUUCUUGAUGUGAAGCAAGAAUGGCUAUCUCAUGCAUAUGGGAUCAUCAAUGAUGAAUCAGAGUUCACAUUCAGAGGCUACCAAGGGACUUACGCAGUCGAAAUUUGUACUCCGGCCGGGAUUGUUCUGAAAACGUUCGUCGUCGAAAAAGGAGACUCUCCACUUGUUAUCUCCAUUGAUCUCUCUUCUUUGUGAUGUUUGAGUUCUUUCUUCUUUCUUAUAUAUGGUUGGGGAUUUGUUUUUCGUGAGGCAUGUAACAUAUGUACAAAAACUUAUGUUAUGUCUUUUGUUUUUGAUUGUUUUAUACAUUUCCAAUAAAAGCAUGUGAAUAUA